AUGUUCCCAGUUCGAGAUUAAAGUUUAUACUUGAAUGACUGCAAAAUAAUCUUGUUUUAGAGUUUCAAAUUGCAGGUGUUAAACCUGUCAACUUUUGUGGAAGUUUUGCUUCGCCUGAUAUUGACACUAGAAAUUUUCGCUCGUUGAGAUUUCCUGCUAUUUAACAUGCACAAAAAUGCUCGAAUAAAAAAUUACAACUAUCAGUGCUGCUAUAUAAAAAAAUGUUGUGAGAUUGUGAGAAUAAAAUUUAAAUAAAGUAGACGGCACCUUAGUCACUUCUGCACAUCCGUCUUUGCAAAUCAAGCCGAUGUUUGUCGAUGUUGAAACUGCAGAAUCAUUGUUAAAGAUUGUGGAUAAAAUUACUUUUUGCUGAUUGAAAAUAAAAACGUGGAUUCAAUAUCAUCGGCUUAAGUCAAUAAAGAUGAGGGUUCAUAGUGUAAAAUUGAUGAAAAAAAUGGAUUUAAUUCGCGAUUUGCCAAAAGGACCACUAGAGGUUUACAGAAAGAGAGCAACUUUCAAUUGGAAGUCCAUGCGGAUUAAUUUAUUAGGUGAAGAUUUAGUCAGAUACCAGAAAAAGUUGUGGAACUACAUAGAAUCUAGCCCUGAGUUUCAGAGGCCAGUAAAAACAAUAUCUUUGGACGAAACUAGGAGAAGAUGUUACAAGCAACUCAAUUCUCUAAUUAAAAACGAUAUUCUGCCAAUUGAUCAUCCUGGUUGGUUCAAUUAUCUGUUUUUUUACGAUGCCUCAUUGCCAGUAGUAACAGGAAUAACUCAGGGAAUGGUACCUUCAGUGAUAUUUUCUUUAGGUACAAAUCGGCAUGGAGAAAUUUUGGAAAAAAUACAAGAGGGAAAAUACACUAGUUGCUUUGCCUUAACCGAAAUUGCUCAUGGAACCAACAUAAGAGGAAUGCUUACAACUGCAAAAUAUGAUCCACGAACUGAGAGUUUUAUUUUUCAUUCUCCAAAUUUCGAAUCUGCCAAAUGCUGGGCUGGCGCGCUAGGAAAAGCGGCAACACAUGCAAUCGUCUACGCUCAGUUAAUUACUCCAGAUAAUGAAAAUCAUGGACUGCAUCCUUUUAUAGUUCAAAUACGUGACCCAAAAACAUUUUUACCAAUGCCAGGAAUUACUGUUGGAGAUAUGGGAGAAAAAGUGGCUUUGAAUGGAGUAGAUAAUGGAUUUCUAAUGUUUAAUCAUUAUUCCGUCCCUCGCAUUAAUCUUUUAAAUAAAAAUGCAGAUGUUACAAAGGAAGGCAAAUACGUUGCUCAAAUUAAGGACCGGAGCAAACUUUUUGGUGCAUCGUUGGGUGCACUUUCGACAGGAAGAGUUACAAUUACAAUGAUUGGUACAAUGUAUAUCACUCUUGCUACUGUUAUUGCGAUUCGGUAUGUUGCUGCUAGAAAACAAUUUGGUCCUUCUGCUAAAGAAGAAUAUCCUGUUAUUGAAUAUCAAGUUCAGCAAGGAAGAUUGUUUCCUCAUUUAGCAUCGAUGUAUGCAAUGACUGUAUUUUCUCAUAUGUUUGUGAGAAAAUCUCGAGAAUUUCAAAUUGACAUGCUGACAUCGGAUGAUAAAGAAUUGAUUAGUACAAAAGGAUUGGAAAUUCAUGCAUUAUCAUCAGCAGCAAAGCCGCUUUGUACCUGGACUGCUCGAGAUGCAAUUCAAGAUUGUCGAGAAGCUUGUGGUGGUCAUGGUUACUUAAAAGUAUCACGACUGGGAGAUAUAAGAUCAGAAAACGAUGCAAACUGUACCUACGAAGGAGAAAAUAAUGUUCUGAUUCAGCAAGCGAGUAAUUGGCUCUUGAGCCAAUGGGCCAAUGUUAGCCAAGGAAAAAAAGUCGCAUCUCCACUUGGAUCUGCAAGCUUUCUAGAAGGAGCAAAUCAAAUUCUUUCCCUUAAAUUUAACUGUUCUUCAAUCGACCAGACGAUGCAACUUGAAAAUCUUCUUAUCGCUUUCAAGUGGCUAACUUGCUACUACUUGAAGAAAACUUACGAGAGAGUUCACAGACUUAAGCAAAAUGGAAAUGGAAAUUUCGAAGCCAGAAAUGAUUCACAAACUUACUUUGCUCGAACUCUUACUUUAGUUUAUGCUGAACACGCUAUAAUCCAAACCUUCUGUCAUCGAAUUCAAGACCCAGAAUUUAAAGACGACGAACGGCUCGUUUUGACAAAAUUGUGUUCACUGUAUGCUGGAUGGUCUCUUGAAAGAAGAUUAGGAGAUUUAUAUGCGGGAGGAUAUGCCUCUCCAGAUUCAAAAAUUGAUAUUUUACUUCGGGAAGGAAUUAUCGCAAUAAGCAAAGAUCUUGUCAAAGAUGCUGUAGCCUUAGUUGAUGUUGUGGCUCCUCCAGACUUUAUUUUAAAUUCGCCUCUUGGAAUGUCAGAUGGCGAGAUAUACAAACACUUGGAAAAGUCCUUCUUAAAAAAUCCAGAAAAUCUCCAACGUCCAUCUUGGUGGCAAGAAAUAAGCAGAUCCAAAUUAUAAGUACAACAAGAAAAAUUUUAAUCGCAGAUAAAAAAGAAACAACUUGUAAAUUAAGAAAGAAUUGUUGUGAAUUAUUUUUAUAUUGAUUUUUAC